CGAUUCCUUUUCUGAUUACGAAUCUGACACCUCAUCAUCAUCACAUUCCACACCUUCCCCGAUGGCCACAACACCGCCUCUGGUUUCUAAUAGUCGACACGGGUCAAGAGGGUUGUGUCAAUAUCCUCAUGAACACAAGUUUAGUUCAUCGAAUUCCUUGGAAUCUUCGGCCAGCUGCGAUAAUGGCAUUCAGACGUAUGCUGGAAUAGCAAAUUAG